UCCAGGGACAGCUCCCAUAUACUUGGACGCAUCAACUACCCUGUCCCCGCCGGCCGCCGCGAUGGCCUCGUCUCCAGCUUCAACGAGGUCACGCAAAACCUCCCUUCCCCGAGACUCACCGCCGACCAGCUCAUCCAGAAUUUUGCCCGAAAAGGAUUGUCGGCCGACGAGAUGGCUACUCUCUCAGGUGCGCAUUCCAUCGGCAGGUCCCGCUGCUCGUCGUUCUCUGACCGGCUUUACAACUACAAAGAAACGUGUGCACAAGAUCCGACCCUCGACCGGAACUACGUGGCCAAUCUGAAGGCCACGUGUCGAGCGAACGGCGGCAGUGAUCCGACGGUGGCGAUGGACCCGGCGAUGCCCAAUCGGCUGGACAAUACUUACUACGCAGAGCUGAAAGCGGGGCGGGGGUUGCUGGCGUGGAUGUGA